AUGGCGUCUCUGAAACAUAAACUUUUCAUCGACGGUCUGCCCUCGUCAACAGAUGGUUUGUCAUCCGUCCUCGUCACUUGGCUGACGGCAGAGCAGCUGUUGAAGUGUUGGUGUUCUCUGCCUUGUUGCUCGUCUGGGCUAUUCAAAUGUGGUUUCCUGCCCGGUGUGUCCAGUGAGCGAUUGAAGCUCGUCAACAUGGGCGCUAUUCGUGGUUCGGACGACCAUCGGUUCUCCGUGCUCUCCUUCGACCAGUGUGGUUUCCUGCCCGGUGUGUCCAGUGAGCGAUUGAAGCUCGUCAACAUGGGCGCUAUUCGUGGUUCGGACGACCAUCGGUUCUCCGUGCUCUCCUUCGACCAGUUUUAUCGGCUGAAGUAUUUGAUGACGCAGAAGCGUAUUAUUUUAGAAAUGAAUUACCGUAUUUACGAUUUCGCCCGAAUGGUUCAUGAAAAUCAACAAGAAUUCGAUCUACACGUGCGGAAUUUUCUGGAAGAGCAUUAA